GUCCUCCUUUCAUCCUUUCUCUAGGUGAGAUUGCUUCCUCUCCAGCUCAAGGCCGUCCUUUCAGAAGAGCCUUCUUGUGUUCACAAGCUUCACCAUGGGCUGGUCCUCCAUCCUGAAAAGCCUCCUCACAGUUUUUGUCCUUAGCAUCUUAGCUGUCUGCUCUGUAGAGAGUUACACGUGUAUACAAGCUACGUGUGAAAAUGGAAAUUGUCUUGGGGGUACAAGUACCUGUCUAACCUCUUAUAGCUGCUUCAGCCAAAUACAGAAACUGGAAACACCAUCUCCAGAUACAAACCUAGUACUUGAGCAAAAAGGGUGUGCUUCAUAUCAAAACCUAUGUGCCUUGGAGUUCUCAGCAACACUGGGGAAUCGACAGAAAUUUAGAUACAAGACCCAGUGCUGCACCGGUGAGCAGUGCAACAAAGAAAAUCUCACUCUGCCUCCAUUAUCUUCAGAAGUCAAUGGUGUUGAAUGUCCUGCCUGCUACAAUAAUAAAACCAAUACGUGCUCCACGACAACUCCCCUAAAGUGCACAGGGGCAGAGAAAAGGUGUAUUGAGGUUACCAGCAGAGACCCAUCUUCUAAUAUAGUAAUGUAUGGAAAAGGCUGUGCAACAGAAAAUGCCUGUGCACUGUAUAUGACUGUCUUCAAUAACAUACAAAUUAAAACCUCGUGCAUUUCGACCAAUGGAAGCCCUGCCCUCAAAUCCGCUGCAUCACUCCCAGUUAUUCUGCUUCUCCAGAAAAUCUUGCUUUGAUCACCCAGGCACCGGCAAUCCCACAAUCCUGUGUACAUAAGCCCAUUGGUAUACUUGGAUGCUUAUUUCCAAAACAUGGAACAAAUAAAGACUGGUGAUUACUUCUCUAUUCUUUAUGUAAAAA